ACGGAUGCAGCGCAGUGGAGUGUCCCUUGAAAAGCCUGCGCACUCUCACUCCCCUCCCCGUUUAUUACGUUCCUACUCGUUUUUCAUUUUCUGCAAGAACUUUUACCACUGCUUUCCUGCGCCGUUCUUCAUUUCGUGUUAAAUCAAAACCUGCAUGCUGCAUGGUUUCUUUUUCCUUUUUGAAUAACCAAUAGUUUCCUUUUUUUUUGAACGCAAAAAUCCUGCAUGGUUUCAAAAAAAAUGACCAGGAAAACUGCAUGCUAGCUGCUCAUUGAUGAUACGGCAUGCAUGUACGCGUGCAUGUGCAUGAAACCAGAGGCCCUUAAAGUUGCCUUGGACGCACUUGCGUUGGCCUCUCCCUAGCUGCCCUGGCGUGCAUGCCCGCUUGCGUUCGCUGGGGUAAGUGGAAAGCGAGCUGGUCGCAUGCAUGGUUGCAUCCGGUGGUAGAGCCCGGUAGGCAGGGCAGGAGCAAGUGGCCUGCCUUGUCCUGAAAGAGCCCUUGUUUCCUUGCCACAAUUGUAGAUCUAUGUGUCUGUCCACAUCCUCACAGACAGUGCAUGGGGUUGGGAUCGGAAUGGAACCAUGGUUGGCGCUGUUGGUUAGUGAGACCUAAGCAAACACAUGCAUGAGGUCGUGCACAAUUUUAUUAUAUAUAAAUAAUGCAGUGUGCAUUGUGCUGUAGGGAGGGAUUAAUCUAGUGAGUGUGAGUGGCUCAUGUUUUGUCCUACAAGAGGUGGGGCAAUCAUGAGGUGAUAAGUCCCAUAAAGCAGCAGAGCUCCCAUUCUAUAUCCUUUUACACACACGCUUCUCUCAAGCACAUUGGCCAUGCAUGCCAUAUGCUACAUGAACAUGAUCCAAAGGAUAGAUCCCUCCCUCCCCCAUAUCCUCUGUCUUUUGCUUUGCCGCUGUAGCAGCUGAUGUGCGAGCAUUGUAGCCGCGUAUGGGCAUCGGCCACUUUCAGUUUCGGGGCCUUAGCUUGUUGGCACUAGUUAUAAUUGCAUCACUCCCCUAAGCUAAGUAGGACCCAUGCUCACCCGGAGCCUUGUGGUGAGAGCGGAGAGCCCCCCAAAUCUCCCUCUGAUCAGGGUCAGUGAUCUGGGGCCAGCGGCUUCCUUUCCAAGUGGGCUAGCAUUGGCUUGUUGAGUGAGAUGUGCAUGAUUUCGUCCUCUUUCUUUCUCUCGUGCUUUGAUCAUGGCGCCAGGCCCGGCCCCUGCGUGAUAAAACCUCUCCCUGCCAGGCUUGUUUCCCUGCUGCCUCUCGCCUGGGGCUGGGGCUGGGGCUGUUAAGAGAAUCACUUCAUCAGGAUCAGGGUUGCCCACCACGCACAAGCCACACCCAGUCACACACGCACACGCCAUUCUUGUUCUGGCAUUCUCCUUGCAGCCGUUUUAUUAGGAAAUGCUCCCCUUUCCGUUUUAGUAGAGCCAGAGCCAGCUUCAAAGUUUCUUGCUAACUUCUCGAGGCCUUUGAUCUUUCAGGGCGUUGCUGCUUCCUGGGACGAGAGUUCGAGAGGCUACCGCUACCAGGAACAGGGGCAGUGCAGUGGUGGUUGGCGUUUCAGUAGGCUGUCAGUGUUCCUCCCCAUGAUUUGAUAAGGUCCUUUUUAAUUCGGUACAACGUUUGACACCUUCGCGAGCCUGGAAGAUGACCGGCGACGCGUCUUAUCAGCAGCUCGGGGUCGACGCCACCAUGAUGAGCGGCUGCUUCGGCAGCGGCGGCGGCGGCGGCGCACCGGUGUUCCAUGACGGCAGCUUAUUCGGGUUCGGCGAACCGGCGGAUGCCGCCGCGAGCUUCUUGGUGGACGGCGGCUCGAUGCUCGCCGGCCAGCUCCAGCUGAUCCGCGCUGCUGCUCCACAGAGCGUGUCGCCGGUGGAGACGGCGCGCGGCGCCUACGGCGGCUACGAGCCGUCGCCCUCGGAUGUCACCGUCGCUCACGCGCCCAAGGUGGCCAAGCAUCUUGCCGGGGAGAUGGAGGGCAGCUGGAUCCACGAGCCGUACUGCUGCCCCACGUGGUUCUUCUCCGGCGACAGCUUCCGGGACCCGUUCGCCGCGGCGGCGAGCGAGCUGUCGCUCAGGCUACGACGAGCCGAGUCGUCGCCCACCGGCGCCGUGCACGUUAGCCUCCCGGACCAGUCCCCGGAGGUGAGCUGCUCCGGCUUGACCCACGCGAGCAGCGCCGGCACCGGCGGCGGCGUGUUCCAGCCUCCAUGUGGCGGCGGCGGAGAGAUGGCGCCCCUGCACUUCUCUCAGGUCCUUCCGCGUUGGUCGGCGUACGCGCACCUCACGCAGAAGACGCUGGACGAGUUCGUCGGAUGCCUGCUGCAAGACGUGGCAGGGUUCGCCGGCUCAGUCGCCGGCUGCGAGGCGAGCUGCCUGCUGCCCAUGUCAAGCUGCUCCAAGACGACGUCGUCCAACCCGUCGGUGUUUCUCGGCUCGGAAGAGCACGCGCACCAGAAGCUGAGGAACGAUCUCCAGAAGUUGUUGCAGCUGCUGGACCAACGGUGCAACCAGUGCAUGGACGAGAUCCAGGGCGCGGCGUCCAAGUACGGCGGCAUGGUGCGCCCGGGCGGCGGCGGCGGCGGAGCCACCCUCCUCUUGGCGCCGUUCGCGCACCGCGCGGUAUCAGCGAUGCACCGGAGGCUCAGGGCGCGGAUCACGGGCGAGAUCGCCGCGGCGUCGCGGAGAGGCGAGCCUCCGCCGCCGACGUCGUCGUCGCUGACGCUGGCCGACAGGGAGCGGAGCUGGGAGUCGGCCUUCAUCCAGAAGCACUGGGCGCUGCGGCAGCUCCGGCGCGGCGACCAGCAGUCGUGGCGGCCGCAGCGCGGCCUGCCGGAGAAGUCCGUCGCCGUGCUCAAGGCCUGGAUGUUCGAGAACUUCCUCCGCCCGUACCCGAAGGACAACGAGAAGGAGAUGCUGGCGGCGAGGAGCGGCCUGAGCAGGAGCCAGGUCUCGAACUGGUUCAUCAACGCCCGUGUGAGAUUGUGGAAGCCGAUGAUAGAGGAGAUGUACGAGGAUCUCAAGAAGGCCUCCGGAUCCGGAGGCGACGAGGGCGUGGCUGCCUGAACAUCAGAGCAGCAGACCUGGGUUUCCACGUCCGGGAUGGAAUUUCUGUAAAAUCUCAGCACUGCUCUGGGAGCUUUUGUACGAGCAUUGCUGCCACCCUGUUAUCUACAUACGUAUAACCUUCCUGGCGUAUUUAUAAAUUUGCCAGUAUCUGCAAGCUGCAGCGUAGACACUUGCUGCCACUUGCUCGAGUUCCUUUUCUACCUGAAAAUUGCAGUUGUUGGAUCGGUUCUCUGAA